AUGGCCGCACCGGUGAGCCGGCAGGUCAGCGGCUCCGCUCCAGCCCCAGCCCCGGCCCCGGCCUCCGCCGGCCCGGAACAGUGGCAGCGCCUGGCGGCCGCCGUCACAGAACUCCCGGUACUGGACGCGGCGGGCCGGCUGGUGCCGUUUGGAGCGCUGUUCGCAGAACGGCGGGCCAUGGUGGUGUUCGUGCGGCAUUUCCUGUGUUACAUUUGCAAAGAAUACGUGGAAGAUCUGGCUAAAAUCCCCAAGAGUUUCCUGCAAGAAGCAAAUGUCACCCUUAUAGUAAUUGGACAGUCUUCUUACCAUCACAUUGAGCCUUUCUGCAAACUGACUGGAUAUUCUCAUGAAAUUUAUGUUGAUCCUGGGAGAGAAAUUUAUAAAAGAUUGGGAAUGAAAAGAGGUGAAGAAGUUGUCUCCUCAGGUAACAUCAUCCAUUUUAUACACCGUGAUAGGAAUAGGUUGGAUCACAAGUCCAUAAACUCUGUGUUACAGCUUGUAGAAGUUCAGCACGUGAACUUUACAAGCAGACCCUCCAUUAUCCAUGUGUGACUCGACACUGAAUCUGCCUCUUGUCCUGGAAAUGUGUCUUCACUGCAAGGUGUCACAGCUCUGUUCAGUGUCUCACCUGCUCGCCCUUCCCAGCCCUUGAUGUGUAAUGAACACAGAGAGUACUUGUUGUCAAAAAUGUGAUACACAUUUAAAUAUUUUUGUCUGUGUGUGUGAGCACAUGUAUGUGUAUAGGUGUAUAUGCACAUUGUACGUGUGUGUAGGCCAGGGGCUGAUACUGGAUGCCUUCUUCAGUCACUUUCUACCUUAUU